AUGGUCCGUCACGGGGAAGUUGGCUUUGGGAGUUCUGUCCCGAGGUCAGACAUUUUUGAAGAUAGAGCAAAGGAAAACAUGAGAGGUUUGGGCUGUACACCUAAACAGGUUCUUUGUGGUAGAUUUGAAGAAAGUUGUGGCCGUUUGGGGUAUAUUUCUUGAAUAAUUUUGGGGUUGCGGACAAAGGGUUAGGAUGAGAAUUUUGUCCGCAAGUUGGAAAUUUCUGUCCGCAUAUUGGAUUUUUGUCCACAAGAGGGAACUUUUGUCCGCAAGAUUGAGCGUUUGUCCGCAAAUUUGGAAGGUUUUUUUAAAUUGUCCGCAAAUUUUAACUUUUGUC